AUGUGGGAUGUUUUAAAAGGGUUGCUGGAUAGCAAUAUUCAUAAAUUUAUUCCCAUGGGCAGUAAACGCAGGGGUAUUAAAAUUAAACCGAUGUGGCUUAACAAGAAGGUUAAGGCAGAAAUGGAUAACAAAACGCGGGCUUUCAAAGCAUUUAUACCUAAUGGAAAGGAGUCUUUCAAGUUUUACAAGGAAUGUAAUAAGAAAUGCAAAAAAGCAAUAAGAGCAGCUAAAAUUGAAAAUGAAAAGUUAAAAAAGGAGAAUAUAGGUCCAUUAAAAGAUAAAUUAGGAGAACUGAUAAAUGAUGACGAAAUAAAAGCAGAAAUACUGAACAAAUUCUUUUCAUCAGUAUUCACCAAAGAACUGAUGAUGGGAGUAGAGCAUAACAAUUGUGACAGUAAUGAUUCAUGGUCCGUCAUUAAAAAACUGGACUGCGCAUGCGCAAGUCCAGAGAGGCGGGGGGCGGGGCCUGCACGGGAGACUUCAGGCAGCCACCGCAGGGUUGUGUGCAGCGUCAGCCGUCCUGCUGUGCACACUGAGAGGCCGUCUGAAGCAGUGUUUUGCUUCCCUGUGCCUAGCCCCUCCCACCUCACUCAGAAGCGUGCACCAGCACCACAAGCAGCAGCACUGGCUUUCCUCUCACUGCUCUUCGGCUCUCACUGGGUGUUCCUGCACUGUGCUGCCCUCCCACACAGCUCCCAGUCUAUACAGGAAGGAGCAAGAUUGCCAGAAGCCAGCAGACACACCGGAAGGAGCACAAGACGCCAGCACGGAGAAUACGCGUCCAGCUGCAAGGAGACCAGCCACGCACAGACCGCUCAACACAGCACCCGGCAUCACAGACGCCUGUCACGGAUCCACAAUAUACAGAUAACUGAGGUGAUCUGGGCUCAUCACUCUGUGGACUCGCCAAUAGUGCCUGUGGUGGCUGGGGUGAGACUGCAGAAAUGCGCCGCCUGGGUGGGGAAGAUGGAGCCGCAGAUUCAGAGACAAGACGCCGUGUCUUACUUGGCCUCCUGGAAUAUGUGACUACAGUGAAUUCUUACCUGCAAUCCCAGCAUCAUCCUGAGUUGUCUGUGGCCUGUCUGGCCGGCUGGUCUGUCGGACUGUUGAAAAAGUUGAAAAAACAUUAUGACCAUACUUUGUAAAAAAAUGCUAACUGCAAAGCAUUAGUGUACUGUAACCAUCUUGUACGUAUUGUAAAUUAAACUAA